CUCUUCAUAAGCUUCAAGAGUUCCUUUGUAGUUAAAGAUAGAGGAAGAAAAGCCGAAGUGAUAGAAGGAUGAAGAGCAAAGUUAAAGUCAUGGAGAACUUUGUUACAGGCUGGGACAUUUGGCUAGUUAACAGCAUGUGUGCGGUUGCUUCCUACUUCUGGCACAGGCUGUGCGGUUUACUCUGCUACAGGACGAGGCGUAGAGCAUCCACUGCACCUGCCAUCAAGGUAUUUACAAGCCUGUUUGACCUGCUGAAUUAUACUUUAACUUUAAGGAAGGCAUACACUUUUUUUAUUUUCAUUUUCUGAAAGGAACACACCUAAAAUAUGAACUUUAUUUAGGUGAUACUGCUCUUUAGCAAAAGCUUUUAUUUUAAGACAUGAACUAUAUUGUACAUUCAAUAGACCUCUUUUAACUAUCUUUCACAUUUUAUCUCUUGUUUUGUAGAGUUUAUCAAAUUCAUCUUAUUGAAAUUCUGACUGAAAAAAGUAAAUAAAUAAAAGUUCAGUAGUGUCAGGACAUCACUUAACCUGCUAAAACCUGGAUAAGAUGCUUCCAGGAUUUCGGUCGACCUUUGCCAUGCUGCUUAGUAACAGUGCGUAAGAAGUUUGGACACCAAGUUGAAAACAUCUUUGGGCUGUGCUGGCAUCAAAAUAUGGUUAGUUUGUAAAGGUUUGUAAAUUUGGUGUGAUUUAAAAAUUACAAAGGUUUGUAGAAGUAGACAAGAAAUCACCUAAAACUGCAACCUGUCGCUAUAUAUUCAGCAUUCUUACAUGUAUUAUAUUUCCAGAUUGUUGCCAAUUAACACCUUAUUCAGUAUGUAAGGCAUUACAAUGGGGAAUGAAGACAAUGCUGGAGUUUAUUGUAUUCAGUGCUUACUUGGAUUUUGUUUUUACGAUGAUGGAUAGCUGUGGUUGCUUCAUGAUGGUAAUUAAAGCAAAUGCUGUGAUUAGUUUCUAAUGCACAAUAGAUCCUUUCGGCAUUUUCUGGCUUGUCUUCAGAGGGGGACACGGCAGCUGGGGAAAGACCAAGACUUAAUAACCUCCCCUGACAAUCUGCCUGUCCCCUCAAGGGAAUUUUCAAUUACGCUGGAGAAGAUAGUCGUUAAGUGUUGACUGACAAACUUUACCUGUUUAAUCUUUUAUUUUCUUGCAUUGUGAUCCUCAUAGGUUUUAUUGUUUUUGCCUCUAGCUUGCUGCUCUGAGAGUCCUAACUUUGUAGAUUAGUAGAUUAGACACAGGUUUUGUGUAAAAUGUGUGACUAAAGGUGUUGAAGUGAAUUAUUGAGGUUAUAUAUUAAACAUAAAACCAUAUCAUUAGAAUGAGCAACAGACAUUGUGUUAUUUCCAGCACUUUAUAUGUUGUUUUUAUCUUUUUGAUGUUUUUAGUUUUCUGUGAUGAGGCAAUGGUACCACACUGGUAUGAAAUGCAUUAUUCUUAAAUAAUGCAUGAGACUUUGAAUUCUGCAGAUAAGAUCCAGCUCACAACUUCUAUAACUUCAGAACUGUGCAUGUGUUUGCAGAAGUCAGCAGAGGCGUGGUGCUGCUGUGUUGUCUCAUAUCAUCACACUUCCUACAGAGCAGGCUCUCAGUCUCAGCCACUGAUAGCAAAUCUGGUGAGAGGUAAAGUUAGAUUUCCUCUUCAGUUUUUGUGCAGUUACCAAACAAAUUGGAAAUUUUAAAGCAGUUAAUGAUGUCUCACCAGUAAUUCUAUAUCUUCAAUAGGUAGAGUGUAAUCACUUUACUUUAAUAUGUAAUGGUUCAAUGUAGUUCAAUCAUGUGACUGUUUCUUUGUCAAUAGUUUAUUCUUAAAUUUUUAAGUUUAAGCACGAUUGAGUCAAUUAUGGGAUAACUUUUGCUCUUCAUAUGUCAUCGUCCAGCUGAAGGUCACUUCUGAUUCAGUAACUCGGCUCAACAUAUGGUGGAUAAUCCUCUCAGCUUUAAUGUGAUAUUGAGUAUCAGGGUUAGAAACUUGUCGUGAUGAUGUAUGCGUGUCUCUAUAUGUUACAGAAAGCAGCAUGAGGUGUAAGACAUGAGAUCAGUGGUUGUUGGUGUUUAUGAGGAGGAGUUUGUUUAGGUACAGUGAAGCCCAGUGGUAAGAGAGAUCACAUCAGACACGCCGCAGUCAGUCAGUGUUUUGGUGUGAUGAAAUCAUGCAGAGAAACAAAGUGUGAAAAAAGUGGCUUUGCUGCCAUCAAGUGGUUCAAGUUGUCAGCACUGCUGCUGUACAGCGGUUACAUCACUAUUGCAGUAAAUAUGGUGGGAAGAAUACAUUGCUGGGACAUAUGAACCUUUUUCAUAUUUUCUUUUUGGUGGUAUUACUAUUUAUGUAAAAAUGUCACUUUCCUGAGUCACUUAAACAGGUAUUUAGACUUAUAUAUGAUGGCCCUUGAUAAUUGUAUACUUGGUCUCAUUUGGGGAUUGAACUAUCGGUAACCCAAAACAGACACUAAAAUCAUUGAAUCUUGGCUUUUAAAAGGUUUUAUUUAAAAUGUCUUAAGAUGCUGUUUAGAUAAUGAAAUACUGUAUACUGUAUAUGUAAUUCUGAUUAAAAAAAAAAAAACCUUUUCAUUUGUGUCCUGUAACCAAGCUCACAAUCCUUUCAAGUUUUAAAGUAAAUACAUAUUUAUUUGCAAAAGUUAAGAGUCUGCCUCUCACCUUUCGCGUUUUCUGGAAAACUUCUUCCUGUCCUAUUGGAAUAAAUAAUGUCUGAUGUUUUUUUUUAGGGGUUUCUCUACAUGCCGAUCUUUUCCUUUUUUGAAGAUUCUACAUUAGUUUUACUCUGCAGGCUGAGCAGUCUUACAUCCGUAGGUUUUUAGGUGGCAUAUCACUUUCAAUGUGAUUUUUCAGCCUUUAAGUUUUUCUGUUUUUCCCUUAAACUGAUCAGGAUUGCCACCUGCUGUUCAAAAUAAAAAACCUUUUGUGAAUAACUGGGGCAGAAAUAUACAGUAACACAUGAUUCAGCGCUUCAAAGUGUAACAGAUACUAAAAAGUUGUUUGUUGUGUAACCUCUUUUAAUUAGGAUACUUGAGCCUUUUAUAAAAAAAUCUCGUGCCUUAUUUUGUUUCAGCGGACAUGCAUGUUGGGGUUUGGUAUAUUGAGAAACUAAAAUAUAGUUUCAGCCUAAAUGGUGGACCUUACUAAAAAAUAAAUAAAUAAAAAUCCACGUCUAUCAAAAUACAGUGACAAAAUGUGUUUACAUGCCAGGAGAAAACAUGAGAGGACGAGGAGAGAGGAGAAAUGUCUCAAACAUUAGCACGAGGAGUUGAGUUUCCCAGCUCUCACACACAUUUAAGCCCACAAGUUUCCGAGAGAAAGCAAAGCCAGGGCUGGCAGGCUGGAGUGUGUGUGAGUAGAGUCGAGUCGAGAGAGGUGACUGGACAUUGGCCACAUCGACCGCCCUGCAGCUCCCCAGGACAUUGUGUUCUCUGUUGGGGAGGUGCUGCUCCAUUUUUAACAGUUCACCUUGUCCUAGUACCUAACCAAAGUCUAACGCAGAACUUUACAGGUCAUACUACUCAACCGCAAAAAUGAUCAGUCAAAGAGAGCGGACUCUGUCUCAGCUGAAAACAUCCAUGGAGAGGUUAUAUAACACAGUCAAGUGCAUCCACUUGUAGAUACUUUACAUGUGUAAGACCUUGAAAAGUUAUUUGAAAACAAAAAUGUCCCUCAGGCAUUUUCAGUUUUCCAUUACCAUAUCCUAAUCUUGAAAGCUGUCAUCAACAUGCAUCUCCUAAUCUGCUGCCCUAUCCACCCAUUGUUAACAACAGAUGAGUUCAACAGCCAUACAUAGCCGAUGCAUUGAGUUGUUGAUUGUCUGGAAUUUAUCUGCAAGUGAUUUUCUCAUGAUUGUGUUUAUUUCGAUUUUUUUCUGUUCUUAUUGGACUUAGGAAGGCAAAGAGAGACAGGAGAGGGAAAAGAAUUGUAUGAUUAUAUUUAUAUCUCUUAUGUAUGCAUUCAGGUCCCAGUCAGACUGGACACGCUGAAGCAGUCAAACGUGAUAACCACUAUAGUGCUUUGAUGGUAUGUCAGGAUUAGUUGAAACCUACAUAAUUUAAGAUUGAAUAUCUUUGUGCCUCAGGGUUUGUAACACAAAUUAGAUUUGAAUAGAUUAAUUUCACCUCAUGGAAGGUGAUCCCCCAUUUUAAAGCCUCAGGUUUUAGUAUUUCAGGGUAGCUAGGAAUUUAGUCUCAUAUAAUGCUGUUUGAGGAAGUUAAAGCUUAUCUGUGUCUGCUUCAUUUUUUUCUUUAGCCUCAAGGCUUUGUUUUGGAUCACAGACUUGACUAUUCAACUAAUAGUUAAAAAAGAAUUACCAAAAAUAACUGUGCCAUCUUUACACUAAAGGACUGAAAAAAAUACAAGAUACAAGUCUAAUAAUCAUGGAUAUAAAGGGACGCAUGUAUUAAAGUAAAAGUUUAAUGUUUUGCUAUUUAAAGUUGUGAGGCAAUCUCCUGUAUAUCAAUUUACCUUUAAAUUUUUUCCACUCUUGGCAUCGGCUGGUAGAUGUUCAAACUGCAAGGUUGAGCAGAAUGCACACACAGGGACAUGGAAACAAUUUUAUCAUAUAUCAUAUGAACUUUCCAAACAUUCAGAUGGUUGAAACCAUCUCCAAACAUGCUAAUUGCUUUGCUGUCACAUUAACUUAACAACAUUUCCAUCAUGCACCAGCAGACAAGCCUAUGUUCCUUAGUUGAUCAGUCUGUGUGUACACAUGCUUAAUCUUGGCAAAGAAGGUGAGAGAGGAUUUAAAGUACCAGCCAUGAUGCUGUUACUUUCUUUGGCAUUAGUUUCACUGUAAAGUGAAAGCGAUACACACGCGAUAUUUGCUUUGUGUCAUUAGCAGCCGAGGCCGAGGGUCUGUUUAUAUCCCCUGCAGGGUUUGAUAACCUUAAAGUGCCCUCCUAGCCCUGAGCAAAGACAUAUAAUGUUAUUAUGCAAUCACAUUUGUGCAUGCUGACCUUUAAUGUGCCUCAAGUUAACAUGUUUACCAAGCUUGGCAUGCAGAACAUAGUUUGUUUCUCUGCUGUUACUUGCAAUUACUUAAUUUUUACCAGUGCAUGGAUAUAAAUCCAUUGUCUUAGUGCACACUCCUGCAUUUGCAAGUUGACUGUCCAUGCCCCUCAAAUUGACUCACAACAUGCAGCAAUUGACCUAUGUUGUCUGUCAUCUCUUGGAAUCCAUAGACAGGUGUGCGUGCCCCCGUGUGUCUCUCUCUUUGGGUGAUUGAUGGCUGAUUUUACACCCAUCUGUUUGUGAGACGUCAGAGUUCUUUCCGCUGUGGUAACCUUGCUCCGCUUGCAAACCCAGAUGAAAAUAAAAGUACAGGCAGGACCGUUGCACAUAGAGCUGCUCUCAUUUGCAUCAGAGAAUUUCUUGAAGAAUUUGCAGCAUGCGGCUCGGUUCCCGUCGCAAUCAGUGGUAGAGAAGUUCGCAGUCUGCAGUUGCGACUUUGAUUCUUCUAUACCUUGCCUCUCUCCUUAACCCCACUUGACUCCACUUCAUCUACAAGGCUCACUCCCUCCUCAGCGGCUGCACCCCUUAACCCAGGUUUUGGCUUGAACCAAGGGAGUGAGGCAAGAUUGGCAGGGAUCUCUGGGCUCAGUUUUCAGUCUGUGCAUCUGUUGUCAAGAGUAUUUCAUGCUUUGGAAAAUCUGGAUUUCUCUGAAGUUUAAUUAUACAGAAAUGUGUGGGAACAAAAUUAAUUUGUAAAGUUUGUAAAGAGAACUGGCGAAGACUUUGCUUAGGUAACUAAUUGUUAGUAAUCGUUCGUAGGUGCAUAGCAUUAAAUCUUCAGCUAAGCAGUGUUUACUUGGGAGUCAAAUAUUUUUAUGACUUUAGUAGUUAACAUUAACACAUGUCUGCUGCUGGAAUAAAUCACACUUAUUCUGAUUUAUAGGGAACAAGGAUUCCGCUCAUAUUACAAGAGCUAAGUUAAAACUGACCCUUUACUCACUAAUCAGUAGAUGUUUUUGACAGAAGAGUGGUCAUGGUAUAAAUCAUCUGAGCCAGCCAUCUCUCCUUUCAGCAGAGGGACUAAACAUCUUACUGUAGGUUCCCCCAGCCAGGAACCACAGGCCUCCUCCCCCACGAUGUUGAGUGCAUGUUACAGGCACUCAGGAGAUAAAGGGGGGUUUGCAUUGCAACAUGGCUCUCAUUCACAGUCAUCCACAAGCAGACAGAAAUGCAGCAGUGCCAUAAAGUUGGAGGACUUUCAGACUUCAUUUUCAGAUCUGGGAGCUGAAUUUUAAACUCUUGUAUAAUCUAUUCUUUGACUUUCAACCAACCUGUACCCUGUUUCCACUUUUGGUGCACCUGUGCAGUCCACUCAGACAUGACUGUCCGUUACAAGGACUUGUAGUAAAUGUCAUUGUAAUAGGAAAACCUGUAAAAAUGAAUGGGCUUUGUCACACACUGAAGAAAUCCGAACACAGUGACCAUUUUGACAGCCAGCAUUCGAGUGACGGAGGUGGGCUUAGCACUUAAAGGCUCUCAAAUGUCUCAUAGCCCAACUCACUGCCAAGCCCCCACCCCAAACACUUGACCCUUGCUGACGUAGGCUGUCCAUUUACAUUUAGGGACACCGGCUCACAAUACCACUUCCAGCAUGCAGAGAGGCAGGCACCAAGGAUUAGGAGUGAGAGAAACAGAGAGGGAUUUUUAAACAUUGAAGGACCUCAGUUUACAAUUUUGCAGGAUUAAAAUCGUCAUCUGGAUUGCUGUUGGUUGGGGAUUUGACCUUGAAUCACUUCUGCUCCACUGCUGUGUAUCUUUGUAUCUUAUUCACUUUGCACUCAAACUGGUAGCAUUGAAGGGUAGAGCUGGCUUCUGUUAUUGAAAAGGUCUUUUCUUCUCCACGGACACGGCUGGUCCUAUUUUCGCCUGAAUUUGGUGCUCUAACGUGAUAUUGAAAUCACUGGAAGCCAUGAGCUCCUUGUUAAAGAACAAAGUUGGAGACAACUCCAGCUUUGACCUCAUCCAGAACCGGAUUGAGUCUCUUAGCGGCAAGAUGGACAAGCUCAUCAACAUUCAAGAAAAAGUCCUUAGCCGACUGGACGGCAUGUCUCAAGACAUUGAUUACAUAGAACAGGAUAUGGAGAACCUGAAGGUGGACAAGGAGGAGAUCCAUCUUCCACCCAGGAUGAUGAAUCAGACCCAGGUGACGAUGGGGCGAGAGGUGAGGGAGAUCUGCCAGGAGAUGAGCACCAUAAUGUCGGCAGUGAACCAGCGGUCCGAGCAGCAGGCUCAGAAGCUGGAAGGGAUGGAGAAGUUGGUCCUCAGCAUGCAGCAGGUGAUCAGCUUCAUCGGGGAGACGGUGAAGAGCUCGAAGGUUAUGGAGCUGAUGUUUAAAGGCCCUGCAGCUCGGAAGGGCUUGAAGUCCAAAGACAAUAAAGGCAAGCAAGCCGUGAAGAAGAAAUCGUCUACUGACACAAUAGGCAAGAAGCCUGACAAGGUGAGACCUACAUAAAGAAAUAUCUUUGCUUUAUAUUUGCCAUGAAUGUUUGAGCAAAGAGUAGAUUUUGUUUAGAGUUGUAGAGUUUCAUUUUUUGAAGGUUAACAUUCGAAAGUGUGAGGUCUUUAGAUGUUUCCUGGUCUUGCUGGUCAUCCAUCACGUUAAACGUCUAGUCUUGUUCUUGUCUCUGUUGCAUAACGUGCGAUAUUUUCUCAAUUUGACUUUGGUUUCGUCGAUCUGGCAGAGAGUCCCUUGUUCUUGCCAGAUCAUGUGAAAAUGAUCCUGGCGGCAACGCUGUUCGGUCCAUCACUUCUUUGGCCGCUGAAUGUUACUUGGCCUUUGCCUUAAAUACCAUGAGGGUACCAGGUAGUGUCUGGGAUUUGGCAUGUUUAUACUUUCCAACUGCUGAUUGAAGAUGAAGCUAUUAAGAAAGCUAAUUUAAAAGUGAUAUGUAAGAUCCUGCCAAAUAAAUAAAUCACUUAUAUAAAUGUUCAGAUGUUACUCAGAAUUAAUAGUUGCUGGAUCUCUACCCAACCUGAGUAAAACAUGGCCUCCUCGGCAUGAGGGGACCCCCGACAGGGCACGAGAGAGUCGAAGUGAGGCCAGAGGUGAAAUGUGAGUGGCUCGGUUUAGAAACGCUGUUUUUGGAUCAGGGUUGCAGUGUUUGUGAUCUAAAGGUCUGUAACCCCUUUGGCUCAGCAGGAGUCGGGUUUCAAAGAAUUGUGAUGAGUCAGUCUUCCUCCUGUUCUCUCUUUGCAACUUCCUCCAACAAUGAACAGUGAAGGCCGUGCGUCUUAAGCUCAGUCACCUCUGGUUACACUCAGUUUAAACACAGGUGAUGGAAUUUACUGCCAAAAGUCUCUGCCAUGUGCUUCUUUGCAAAUAACUGAACUUCCUGCGGCGCAAAAUAGCUCUUCGUAAAGUUUUACUGGAUGUCCCGCUGAUAAGGCUGUCACAGAACCUUUGAUUUAGCAGUUCCAGUAAUGACUCUGUAUAACCUGGCAUGCUGUGUUUUAGGAAUUCCUAGUACUGCCUCAGAAAAAUAAAUACGCCAAAAACUAUUAACAUGUGGCUGUAAUUGUUCUUAUGAAUUCCAGGUUUUUACAUCUUUUAUCUCUCUAACUUUGAAAUACCCCUUGACUCUGAAGUUACCUCCUCCCCAUAUUUGAGUUUUUUGCUUUAUUAUGCAACCAUAAGAUAAACCACGACCAUAGAAAAGGUCACUUAGCGCUGCACUCACAGACCUGACACACGUUAUCACCAGUCUCCCAACACUUGAAGAGGUAAGAGUCUCUUUUCCUCUCUGACCAAACACAGUGCAAACUCACCCAUGUGCCACUGACGUCAUGUGGCGAGUUUUCAUCGCACACUUGCAGAGAUAUUUUCGUACACGGUGUAGUCCAUGUGUUUGUCUUCAUAUUUAUGUUAGAUUGAGAUGUGACUUUGUGAACACCAGCUGAUUAAAAGGUUUGGAUCCCUGUUUUACAGCUGGAUAAUAUCCCAGUGAUUAAUGACCACAUGCCAACCCAACGGCUCAUGUGUGACUCACAUUUCAGGGAGUUUCUGCAGUCCUUGGAGCACCUGUCAGGUGCCUGCCCCGUCUUCCUCCACUUCUAGAGGUGUGAAAUAUCCAACGAGUAGUACCUGUUACUAUGGCCUCCUCACGCUUUCUCCAAUCACCCAAUCAGAGUGUUGAACUUCGGUAAACACAGCUGUCACCAGGGAAACACUGCACUAGAAAUAUCCCCCCGUGCUGUUUACCUCACGACAGCAUUCAGAGGACAAAUGUGAGACCCUGGGGUUCAAGACAGGUUUUUCCAUGUCAACCUGAUCACAGAGUGUUUAGUGAGUUUCCUCAGCUGAGAAAUUUGUACAACAGCCUACGGUCCCUUGUAAUAUUUUCCGCUCAGGGGGGUUGGCAUUGCAUUCCAUCGCCGAGUGCGACAAGUGAUAAGCUAUAAAUUCACCGCCCUGCUGCUGUCUAUCCAUCUGCUGUGAAUAAUCAAAGGCAUGCCAUCAUACACGACAGUCUGCGCAUGGAGACAGGCGAUAAAUGUGCUAAUAUGUAAGCUGGGGAAAAGUGUGCCAUUUCAUCUUCAUUUCAUCCUUCCAUCCCUAAUUUUUUCAUAAAUCACUCAUUUGUCUGGAGUUAUUUUUAAUGUUUAUGUUUUGUCCAUUAAGUGUAACUCUAACUUCAUCAAACCACCCUGUCAGUGUGAUCCCAUUGAAUCAUUAAUCUCAUUUUUGAUUUCUUUACUGUGUUGUCUAUUUUAAAUAAGACCCUAACUUCAUUGAAUCAAUCUAAUGCUGUCAUUUUAUCAGACUGAACUGCUUCUUUAAUUUGUCUUUUUCUUUUGUCGUGUCGUGUUUGACUCUUAAAUUUGUCUUGAUGUUAUUUUUCCUCCACUUUGUGUGCAGUUGUGUAACCCUACUAAGCAUUGCCAUCUUGUCUUUUCACUAGAAACCUACCUCUAAUAAAGCCAGUAAAGGGAGUAAGGAGAUAAUUCCUGCAUGUGAGUCCGGUUCUCCUCAGCCUGCUCACAAGAUAAAGCUCCAUGGACCAAAGCAUUUCCUGGCCUCUCGGAAAUGUGGAAACUUUGUAGGUUUAUUGUGCUUAUGGACUGUACGUAUUCAGGAAUCAGUCUUUUUAUUAUUAUUUCUAAUAAACCCUUAACACUUUGGUGUGCUUUGCUUGUCUUGCUUCAGGCUGGCACCUUAUUCUUAGUGUUUUAAUCUCACUUUCUAUCUUGCGAAUAUCACUCUUCUAAUUUUUCUGACAAGUUAAAACUAAAAAAAGGAAAACUAGUCGUCUCUUUUAGUCAAACUUUAGAGCUUUGGGUAGUCCUGAUUUAACCAAGCCUAAGUGUUGCCAAGUUUUGGUGGAAAAGAAUAACAUAGUAUUAGAAAUAAUGUUUGAACUUAGGUAAUCUCUUUGAGAAAUGUUCAACUCUAAUAAUCAGAUGCUCUGGACGUGUGUUUUCAUACUUUUUAUUGGUGUUUUCCAGCUUAAGGACCAUAAAGGUAAAGAUGGGACAGAAAAGCCCUGCCUGAGCCCAAAGGGUCUGAAAACUCAGAAGAAGAUGAAGCCCCCAGAUACAACAGGUGUUAAAGAAACACAUUUAGGAACAUUUACUUCAUAAGAAUUUUCUUCUUUAGCGAAAUGAUGAAUAACUGACAGGCUCGUAAAGACUAAAAAUAAAUUCUCUCUGGGUAUUUUGUAGAAAAUAUCUCUGUAAAGAAGCAGACGUUACUCCUGGAAGAGGUGCAGAAACUGAAUAGGGAGAACAAGGAGAAAUCAGGUCAGCAGCUGAGCCCUGGAUUACUAGACCUUGAGGCUGGAGUUUCCCCUAAAGAUCAACAACCUGACACCCCUGCAUGCAACCUGGUGGACUUCCUGCGUGAGGAUGCCAAAGUGACUGUUGCUGAGGAAGAUCAGGCUGAGCAGGCAGUUACCGAGGAUGAAGAGGAGGUGGAGGAGGAGGAGGUGGAGGAGGAAGAGGUGGUAAAUGAUGCAGAGAAGACACCAAAGCUUGAGGAGAAAGAGGAGGAGAAACCCGCAGAGCAAGAAGAAAAGAAAUACGAGGUUUCUGCCCCUGCUGAGGAAGUAAUCAAAGCCCCAGAGCCCCCUGAAGAGAAAAAAGAGAAGACUCCUCCGAGGUAAUCUCAUACUGUUGGUAUUUACUAUUAUGGUUUAUAAGUGGGUUCAUUCAUAAAUUGAUGGUCAAAAUGUUAGUCUGUAGAUUUUUAUGGAUAUCAGGCUUACCAAUGAAACUGAUAGAAAAACUUAAUGAAUGAACUGACAGUCUUUCCUCAUGUCAUUUAUGAAUCUUGUGGCUGCUAUAGCAAUAAAAAAGCAAUCAAAUUUAAAUGAGAUUGUUAGAUAAGACUUUUGAAUAUCAACAUUGUUUUUCUCAGUGUUUCAGAGGCAAAUCCUGGCAAUCAGUUCCCAAUGGUGAUUAAUGAGACCCUACAAAACCUAAAGCCUGAUAGACAUGAUAUUUACUUUUGCUGUACUUAUCCUUGGUCUUCAAUACACACUGAAUUUAUUUCAAUUAUUUAAGCAUCUCACUGGUAUUGUGACUUGGUGUUUGACACAAACCGUUUAAGUGUGCAUAUACCAUCAAUAGUUAUUAUCACUCUACAUAGGAAGGUGUGUGAGGGGUCAUGAUUCUCUUAGUAACCCAGACCCAUCUGCGUCAGAGAAAAGACUCUAAAAGUUCAGUCUCCUUCAUUAUAAGAUAAAAAAGAAAAAAAGCUUUUAUAUACCAGAAACUGUAAAUUCAGCUACCUUUACAGUAUUUUUAGUAAAGCAGGACAAGUUGUAAUGAAACAGAAGAAAACAUAAAACUAACAAGCUUAUCUCCAACAGUGAUGAGAAAAAUGCCACCUCAUCAACUGGGAUUCAAGAGCAGGUAUCGGAAGUCAGCAUCACAAGUACAAAGUCCUUUGUGACCGAGGAACACUUUGUUGUGGAGGAACACACGAGCAGCCAGGUCGUUGAGCUGGUAGGAGAGAAAAAGGAAGACGAUGAGGAGCACGAACAGAGGCCGGGGUCUGAAGGCUGGGCCAUCUUCAAGGCAGAUGGGGUUGAAAUCAAGUUUGAUCUCAAGCAGGCGUUGGAGAGAGAGAGAAAGGAGAUGGAUGCAAAGGAGGAGGAUGAGGAGGAUGACGACGACGACGUUGAGCGGUACUUUAUCGGUGAGUCUACACUUCUCAACUCGAGUCAUGACUUUUAUGUACGCAGUUAUUGUUAUUGAUUUUUACUCAUGAAAAAGUGUCCACUGUGAGCGAGGCUCAGAAGAAGUUGAAUCAUAACAACCUCCACACGCCUGUUAGACAUCCUGCUUGUUUGUGUGGCUUUACUUGAGUUCAUGUAUAAAUCAACUAAUGGAUAUUAAGGACACAACUAUAUGAAUUUGUAUAUUUUGUCUGGUAAUCCACCAGAAACUUGAUAAAAGAAAACACUUUUAAAUUGAUGUUAUUAAUUGUGUUUUCAGUAUUAUGGUGAAUAUUAUGUUAAAACAAACAAACAAACAAACAAACAAAAAACAAAAACACCCAAAAACAAAAAAACAAAAAAACAAACAAACAAACAAAGAGAUUGCAUCAUAUUGCAUCAACUGGAUGAAAGAAAACUCUUUAAGAUUGAUGUUGUUAAUUGUAUUUUUAGUUUUUUUUUUUAUAAAAAUAAAAAAUAAUCUAAGAAAUUCCAUCAGAUUUCAUCAAGAUCAGAUUUAUAGCCAAGCAUUUUUUUUUUUUUUUACAAUUCAAGGAAACUGUGUUUGCUUUAGAGUGCAUAAAAUAGACAUGUAGAGAGACAUGACAUUAAGUAAACAAAUAUAAAAAAUAUUGAAUUUAAACUAAACUUUACUAUGACUACCUUUGAAUAACUAUUUAGCAUACAGAAUUUAAAAAAAUGUGUUAUAAAAAAUAUAAAAUUAUGCCCACAUUAUUUGAUUUCAAAGUUUAAGAGCUGUGCAGUUAUGCAGAAUUGACCAAAAUACUGUAAAAUUUAGACAGGUAAUAUUUUUUCACUGUACCAAGGGCUGAACAUGUCCAAAAUAUUUUAAUUUUGCAACAAAUUUUCUAUUUUUAUGUUCUAUGAUUAAAAAAGAAGAGAAAAAAGAUCAAUAUUGUCAGCAUCCUUGAAAAAAUUAAUAAACUGAUAAAUAAGAAGAAUAGUGUUUUUUUAAGCUAUACUGUGUGUACUGAAUGCUUUCUUGUCAAAGAUGCCAGAGAACUCAGUCGGUACAGUGUUGUAGAUAAAGCUCGAGGAGUCUGGCGCAGUGACAUCCUGCAGUCUGAGUGCCAAAGCAGGGUCGCUCCUCCGUAAUAUUUAGACAACACUUGCUCCUGGUUGAUGUUUAUCAUAGCAAGUUAAUGCACAAUGUGCUAACUUGAUUAUAGCAUCCAUGCAACCAUUGAAAAGCCUCACUGUAGCUGAUUAACAAUGAAGCCCCCCUGUGUUGUCACAUUCCUGUUAACUUAUUAAAACAGAUCGUAUCUUUUUUCUUCCCUCUCAUCCUACUUUAGACACCAGCCCUCCUCCGUCGGCUCCUUUUAAUCACCGCAUCGUGUCUGCCAAGCCCAACCAGAUCAACAACUUUUACACCAUCAACUGGCAGGAGGUCCUGGGCGGGUGAGUGACACAUUUUGAAAUUCUCAGAGUAAUGUGGAAAAAUAAAAGCGAUUGACGAACAGUUGAUGUUUGGUGGAUCAAAGCGCUUCUCAAUUUCCAUAAAGCCUAAUUGCGUAACCCUUCCCCCUCUCCUCUACCCUGGUCCAUAACUUUAAAGUCACAGCAGUUAUUUUUACCUUGGGCCUGAGUGGUAUGUGAAACUGUAUCCCUGGUGCCAGCUGGUAGCUAAUCACUAAGUGUUAAUCCUACUCUUCAAAGAGGAGACACAGAGCAGCUCAGAUUUAAUGAAAUAACAGAUUAAGCAACACUGUCCAACUGUAAAAUUUCUUCUCGGGGAAGAUCAGUUUUUGAUUUGUCAUGGAAACAUAAAACACCAUUACCAGACUGCUUCGAUUUUAUAUUUGAGAUAACAGGGGAGUGAGUCUGCAACUCUAUAUUUGUCUGCAUCUCUUCACUCUAUCUUCCAGGGGCCGCUUCGGUCAAGUGCACAAAUGUGUUGAAAACUCUUCUGGUCUUACGUUGGCGGCAAAGGUCAUCAAAGCCAGGAGUGUCAAAGAAAAGGUAACAUUCACAAGAAGAGAGUUGUUUUGUUUUAUUCAACAGAGGGAGAUGUGGUUCAUAGAUAUAUAAAGAGCAGAAGCUCAGUAACAAUUUUUAGGACAUACUAAUGCAUGACGAGGCCGCUUGGAACAGGAGCAGAGGGAAUACUUCUCACUUAGGUGAGAAAUAUUUGACCUACAAGAGAAGAUGCAUUGUCUCAUAACAGAGGACAGCUGACACCUCUCAUCGUGUCAGUGCAUGCUUGCUCGCUUGUCUGUGUGUCUGUGUGUGUUUAAAGCCUCCCCGGCUUCUGAAUCUGUCUGUCUGUCUGUGUUUUUGGUAGGACGUGGUGAAGAAUGAGAUCCAGGUCAUGAAUAAUCUGGACCAUGCCAGCUUGAUCCAGCUCUACGCAGCUUAUGAGUCAAGGAAUGACAUCAUCCUUGUACUUGAAUAGUAUGCUCCCCCCUUUUUCAACUCGCACAUUUAUCUCUGCUCGCAUAUUUAUCUGCCGUCCAAUUCUGUCAAAUCAAUCUUAAUUUAAAAUGCAUUAAAUUUGAAGUUUCUAACGUUGAAUUUUAUCCACUAUCUCUGACCUUAGUGUUGGAGGAGGGGAGCUUUUUGACAGGAUCAUUGAUGAAAACUACACUUUGAUGGAGCUGGACGCUGUGGUGUUCAUCAGGCAGAUCUGUGAGGGCCUGCAGCACAUGCACAAAAUGUACAUCCUGCACUUGGACUUAAAGGUGACAAACAAACAAGUUCUCUUAUAUUUAUUAAAAUAUCAAUCUCAAAUUCUAAUCAGUCUUUCUUUUUUUUUCCUUCAGCCAGAAAACAUUCUGUGUGUGAACAGAGUCACAAAUAAGAUCAAAAUCAUCGACUUUGGUCUCGCAAGGAUGUAAGUAGAAAUAGGUGCUCUUGUUUUUACACUUUUAUUCACUUCUGUAAUCAUAGCAUGAACAUCCAUGAUAUUCCCACCUAGAUAUAAACCACGGGAGAAACUGCGAGUGAAUUUUGGCACACCAGAGUUUCUGGCUCCAGAAGUUGUCAACUACGACUUUGUGUCAUUCAACACCGACAUGUGGAGCCUUGGAGUCAUCACCUACAUGCUGUAAGAGAACAUACUAAUGCAUGCACACACACAAACAGCAUGAAGCAGUGUUGAUGACCCCGUCUUUUUUUAUCUUUAUUCAGUCUAAGCAGUCUCUGUCCUUUCCUCGGCGAUGAUGAAAAUGAGACGCUGAAUAACAUCUUAGCCUGUAAGUGGAGCUUUGAGGAGCAGGAGUUUGUGGACACGUCUGAAGAAGCCAAGGACUUCAUCUCCAAACUGCUGAUUGUAAAUAAAAGGUAUUCAUCCUCUCAUUCUGUUGAACUGCAAUACUUUGUUUAUUUUUUUAUUUUUUUUAUUGGCUAUAUGAUAAUCAUGAGUUGUUGUGUUUGUCAUCAGCUGGAGGAUGGGAGCAGCUGAAGCAUUAAGACAUCCUUGGCUAUCUGACACAGGUCUCCAUCAUUGUCUUUAUACUAAGGUAAAGUACACAGCAGUAACUUUUAUCCAUAUUAUAAGUAAUGUAUCAGGGUAGUUGUGAGGCUUUAAUGCAUGGCUUUUGAAAUUAUAUGAAUGUGACCAAAAUUCAACUCUGUUUCAUCACAAUAUAUUUACAAAUUUAUUUCAUACUUUCUGAAGCUUAUGCCAUUUGACAUAUUUUCCCAAGACUCUUAGUUGUAUAAGUGAUAUUAAAUUAUUGUACAGUAUGAAUGAAUGAAACAUUUAUUGAAUUUGGAUCAAGGAGCAAGGGGAGAUUAUCAGCAAUAAAAAACAGCCCAUAAUAAACGUUAAAUAAAGCAAUUAAAAAGUAAAGCAUUGCAUGGCUACUUGUGAGAAAUAUCAAGUAAUAAGUAUAAUAAAAUUAUAAAUAAAUUAUAAAUUAUAAAUAAACUUUAAAUCUAAAUAAAUCAUUAAAAUAAAUCAAUCAAUAAAUAAAACAAUUUAUAAAUAAAUAAACUUAAAAAUAAAAUUAUUUUUUUUCUUACUAAGUGUAGCAUGAGGGUUCAGACUGUCUGUUUGCAGGCUGGAUGAAGGGUGUGAUGCCUCCUUUGGUCCACGUCAGUGAAUGCACCCUGUAAUUAAAAGUAUAUACUCAGACUAGAGGGGGUGCUGUGGGUCUGUUGUGACUUUUUGAGCCAAAUCCUGUAUUUAAACCACAAAAUUACAGGAAUGAGAUCAUGUGAAUUGAACGAGACUACCUUAAAUUAAAAGGGGAAUUGCCCUUUGAGAUUGUUUCUGUGAGUAACUAUUUGUUUUAUUUAUUUAUUUUUGUUUUAUUUCACAGAAAACUAUGUGCAGAUCACGGCGGUCUUCGUGCGUGCCCACCACUGACAGUUAAGGUUGGUCUUCAGUCUUGUCUUUUAAAUAUGAGAAAACCCUCAAAAUAGAUAUCAGUUUUUUUAAGAACCUCCACAAGGGGGAGCCAUGUCCCAGAUUUUAGAUACAGGGCACUCAGCUUCUGCUUGUUACAGCAUGUUACACAGAAAGAGUAACUUUAGCCUCCUGGGAUUGAAUCAUCACAUUUUCUUUUCUUAGGGCUACGAUGAGGCUCCAGCUGUGGCCGAUUGGACCAACGCUCCUGUCCAUGUAAAUAAUCCACAUCAGUUGGGACACCUAAAGGUGGCAUGGGCAGACACUCUGUUUAUCUCAUAAACCUUUUCCUGAUAUAUUAUUCACUGCGUUGUUUUGAUGUAAGAAAUAUACCAACACUACAGACAGAUAAACAAAAGCUUUGUUCAACUGAGAUGUUCAAUUAAUUUAAAGUGUUGUGUUUUUUUUUUCUCCAUGAGAUACAAUCACUGUAGAAUCUGAUGAGUGUAAUGUGACAACAAACAACAACGUCUCACUUAAGUAAUUCUGAUAAUAUUUGACACAAACUUUAGGAAAUUUAACAGGUUCUUGUUAUAACAAGAAAAGAACUAUUUGGAGUUCCUCUCUCUCUUUUAUUUAUGGCAAUUCAUCAAACUGGUGCUACUGUCAUAAUGUGAGCUAGCUGUUUCUUCAUAUACUGUUGUUUGUUUGUUUGUUUGUUUUUUUGCACCUUUGCUUUUAAAUAUCUAUCUACUUCAUGUUGAAAUAUUUACUUAUCGAGCCGUAGUCAUUUAUCUCAAAUGAAAUACACUGGGGAACUAUCUUUUUGCUGCUGUUUUCCUUUCGUGUUUAUAGAUAGAAACAUACCUCAGCUUCUUUCUCAGCACGGUUCCUGUCGUGUGUCUGUUUCGUUGUGUCCCAUCUCAUAUACAAAUAAAAUCAGAUACUACUUUUUUUUUCCACUGUAAAUAACUACCAAGCAGUAGAUCAGAGAUCAUACUCUCUGAUUUUUAAGGGGAUGGACACCAUGAAGUAGCUUGAUUUGUAUUGUGCAUACAGGCAUAGUGGAGUUGUGCGGUCGGUGUCAUGGCUGUGGUAUGUGCACUUUAUGAUUGUAUUUAUUUAACAUGGUUUAUUCACAAAACUACCACAGUUUUACAGUAUUUCCUGUCUACUCCUUCUUUGUCCAGUUGUUUAUGUAGAAAUCAUAUUUUUACUUUGUAACCGAUGGUUCACCCACACAGUUAAUGUCUUAUCAAGUGUAUUAGUUCACUUCUUGCAUGUCUUUAUAUUUUCACGUUUUAUCUGCUAUUAUAGCUUCAAUGCCAUACAUUGAGUUAUACGUUUUUUUAACAUGUUUUUUUAUGAACUGUAUGCUUAAGCUGUCACACCUCUAGCUGCAUAUUUAUGCUACUGUAGAUGCCUUUUCCACAAAGCAGUAUUUUGCCUUCUGUGAAGGCCCAUUAGUAAUACACUACCUACCUUAUGCUGCCUGAGUCAAAAACACUAUUAGUACAACAUAAGAGGUUUUUAUUUGAACUUAAUGAAUGUAUCGGUAACUGUCGUUGAUCACAGAGUGUUAUAAAAGGAGUCCUCACUGAGUUUUGACAUUUUUAAAUCCAGCAUGUAUUUGUGAAGUGUGAACACAUCC